GAGCGUCCAGAUAACUGGCGAGACAAUGCGGUGCAUGCUCAGCGUGUAUUUGCAAGAGUGGCAUCUGCAAUCUCGAAAUUUGAACCUGUUACUGUCUGUGCUGCUGCUGGCCAGUGGGCAAAUGCACGCAGUCAGAUGCCAGAAAACAUCAGGGUUGUCGAGAUGAGUAUGAAUGAUUCUUGGUUUCGUGAUACUGGUCCAACUUUUGUAGUGAGAAAGAGAGAUUCAAGUUCAAUAAAACAGCACAAAAUUGCAGGGAUUGACUGGAAUUUCAACAGCUGGGGUGGUGUUGAUGAUGGAUGUUACAAAGAUUGGAGCCUUGACCUUCUUGUAGCAAGGAAGAUUUUGGAAAUCAACAGGCUUCCCAGGUUUCCUCAAUCUAUAAUUCUUGAAGGAGGAAGCAUUCAUGUAGAUGGAGAGGGAACUUGCCUAACAACAGAAGAGUGCCUUUUGAACAAAAACAGGAAUCCUCAACUAACUAAGGAGCAGAUAGAGGAUGUACUGAAAGCAUAUCUUGGAGUGACAAAGAUUAUCUGGCUGCCUCGUGGAUUAUAUGGAGAUGAGGACACCAAUGGUCACAUAGACAACAUGUGCUGCUUUGUGAAGCCUGGUGUAGUUUUAUUGUCUUGGACAGAUUGUGAAUCAGAUCCUCAAUAUGAGCGAUCUGUCGAAGCCCUCUCCAUUCUUACCAGUACUACUGAUGCUAGCGGCAGAAAAUUACAAGUUAUCAAGCUUCAUGUGCCUGGGCCUCUCUAUAUGACCGACAAGGAGGCAGCUGGUGUGGUCCAAGUAUGUGUGGAUGGUGACGCUAAGCCUAGACUGCCUGGUACGAGACUUGCUGCUUCUUAUGUGAAUUUCUACAUCGCCAAUGGAGCGAUUAUCACCCCUCAGUUUGGGGACAAAAAAUGGGAUGAUGAAGCUGUUCGGGUCCUGUCUUCGGCUUUUCCAGAUUACAAGGUUGUAAGAAUUGAAGGUGCAAGAGAAAUUGUGUUGGGAGGUGGAAAUAUACACUGCAUUACCCAACAGCAGCCAGCUUGUCCCUAAGCAAUCCGUGAAACUGAAGCACAGUUCAGACAGUUCGUACCAUUAAGCUGCAAGAAAUGCAAGUUCCAGGUUGCUUAUGCUUGAUGGAGCUACUUAAGCGCAAAUUGUUGGUUGUUUUCCAUGUAUCAAAGGAGAAUGAAUUUGUGACCUGUUUUUCCAAACUUCAUUGGACAAUGUUUACUUCAUACUCGAAAGAUCUUUUCAAAUCUUAGGAUAAAGGGCUUGACUUUGCUUUGGCAGGAUAAAUUCUGCUUCACUUUCAUGUUUGUUAGGAGGCUAAACUAAUUCAUAUCAGCAAAUGAACCGAGUUCUUGAAGUCCCAUGUGCUUACAGUUCCCAACGUUUAGAGAUCAACAUUGUGACAAAA